AUGUCCAACUACGGUAAAGAUUCUGGUGGUGGUGGUGGUGGUCGAAGUAGUUACGACAAUAGCAGUGGACAGAAACGAAACUAUUCGGAGUACAGUGGACGUGGCGGUGGAGGUUCUGGAAAUAGCGGUGGCUACAGUCGUGGCAAUGAUGAUAAUGGUAGUAGUGGAUAUAAUCGUGGUCGCAACGACUAUCAAAGUGAUGAUAGAGGUGGCAGUGGAUAUAGUCGUGGUCGUGGUGAUCAUGACAAUGGCGGUGGUGGUUUUGGCGGCGGUAGUGGAGACUCAAGUAUGGAAACGCAAAGAGAUACAAUCUUCAUUCAGAACUUACCACGUAAUGUAACUACUGAAGAACUUAAAGAAGUAUUCAGUCAAAUUGGAGUAAUUAAGAAUGAUAGAAAAACAGGAUUACCGAAAAUUUGGCUUUAUAAAGACAAGGCAACUGGGGAGGGUAAAGGUGAAGCAACAAUUACAUAUGAAGAUGAAGAAGCAGCACAAGCUGCCAUCAAUUGGUAUAAUGAUAAAGAAGUUCUCUCAAAUAUGGUAAAAAUCUCAUUAGCUACUCGGCGUGCUUUUGGUGGUAGAGGUGGACAUCGUGGCCGUGGUGGUGGUGGAUUCCGUAGCCGAGGAGGAGGUGACUUUGGUGGCUACCGUGGUAGAGGUGGAGAUCGUGGUGGUGACUAUCGAGGAGGCAGUGGCGGAGAAUAUCGAGGCGGUGGUCGUGGUGCAAGUCAUGGUUCCAGUAGAGACAAUCGCUCUAAUCCAUAUUAA